UGCAUCUAAAUUCACAGCAAAGACGAGACAGGCAAAAAAUCUGAGAAAAAUCUAGAUCUCCAUUUGUAGACGUCUCAUCCAGCUGUUGAGUACAGCAGUGGAGGUAUGAUACUGUGGGAGAUUUAUUUACAAAGAAAUGCAACAGCAGAAUGUCUGAUUUAACAGCCUAGUCAAAGUCCAGACCUCAGAAAGUUCUACUACAAGCUUCUGGAUGGUGGAUUUAAAUAGAAAACAAUAAAUUCUGUUUUAUUCUGAAGCGCUCUGUUGAAGAGACACUUCCUGUUGCUGGUCUGUUAGCCGCUGGACGGCCUGCAGCUGCUGCAUGCUUUAUUAAUCGCCCUCUGAUGUUUAUAGGCUGAGCCAGAGAUGAGAUUGGACCCUGAGAGCUCCUCAGAUGAGUCAGAACCAAAUGCUGCGCUGAGAGUUUAUGCCUGUCUCAGCUGGCUUCGUUAGAAGCUCCUAAAUGUUUGCAGAAGAGCCAUAAAUAAGACGUCAGUUUCUUCUGUAAAUAAAGGGAUGUAAGUUUAAAUAAAUGAAAUAAAAGAACGAAGCUUCGAGUUCAGCAGGAGGAAGCUGAAGGACAAAGCAAAGAUCACUUCUGCUGGGUUGAAAGAGGAAGACUUCAGCAGGUUUCACACACACACACACACACACACACGCACACACACACACGCACACACACACACACACACACACUGUUUCCCUUUUAUCUGCAGGGUUUUAGUGUGUGAUGUUGCGCUGCAGCAUCAGUCUCCCCGCUGCUGCUCCCACACUGCACCACCAACUUCACCCCUUCUUCUAGUAAAACAAGAUGAACAUCUCCAAUGACCCAACAUCUCCACCCUAUGAAUAUGAUUACAACUACCCUGAUUAUGGACCAUGUCCCUUCAGUAACAACAACAGUGUGAACUUUGUGGUUGGUCCUUACAUUCACUCCAUCAUCUGCAUCCUGGGCUUGGUGGGGAACAGCCUGGUCAUCCUCACCUAUGCCCUCUACAAGAGAACCAAAUCCAUGACUGACGUCUACCUGCUCAAUGUGGCCAUCGCUGACCUGCUGUUCGUGCUGGCUCUACCUUUCAUCGUCUACAACGAGCUGUACUUUUGGCCGAUGGGGCAGGUGGCCUGUAAGCUGCUGCGUGGUUCCUACAGCGUCAACCUGUACAGCGGCAUGCUAAUGUUAGCCUGUAUCAGCACCGACCGCUACAUCGCCAUCGUCCAGGCUCGCCGGAGCUUCAGGUUACGCUCGGUGUCAAACAGUCGCAUUAUCUGUUUCCUGAUCUGGAUCUUUUCCUUACUGGUGUCUGUUCCCACUUUCCACUUCUACCAUUGGUACGAACCGUCACAUCAUGAGAGCACCUGGAUCAACAGCACAGAAGAGGAGGAGACAACAGAUCCACAGUACGUCUGUGAGUGGAAAUUUGAUGACAGCAACACUGCUAGCAUAGUGAAGGUUGCUGUUCCCAGCACCCAACUGGCCAUUGGCUUCUUCCUGCCGCUGCUCAUCAUGAUCUUCUGCUACACCUCAGUCAUCAUCACCCUGCAGAAAGCUAAAAACUUCCAGCGACACAAAGCGGUCCGAGUGGUGAUGGUGGUGGUGCUGGUCUUCAUCGCCUGCCACUUGCCUUACAACCUGGCCCUGUUGUAUGAGACUGUCAGUUUGUUCAAAGAAAGCGAAUGUGACGAAGUGGACUCUCUGAAGAUGACGAUGUCUGUGCUGCAGACCGUCGCCUACCUGCACUGCUGCCUGAACCCGCUGCUGUACGCCUUCAUCGGCGUGAAGUUCAGGAACCACUUCAGGAGGAUCUUCCGUGACCUGUGGUGUUUGGGUAAGAGGUACAUCGCCCCGCGCCGUUUCUCCAGAGUCACUUCGGAUACCUUCAUGUCCACAAUUCGUCGCUCGGUGGAUGGGUCCAGUGAAAACGGCACGUCUUUUACCAUGUGAUCAGAUUGAGGCCUGUAGGUCUUUAAAAUUCAAACUUGUCUUGUUUUUUUACUCUAAAGCAAAUUUUAGCCACAAUGUGAUGAAUUUAGACAGAAAACAGAACAUGACAAUCUCCUUGGGUUUGUCAUGUUCUGUUGCUCUGCUGCCAUUAGGAUCUUGGCAUGUUAGGCAGAAAGAUGUCUAAAGGUAAAACUAACAAAAUUUUAUUGAAUAGAAGCAGAAAAGUCCAGAUUUUCUUCUGUCUGCUUGAGUUUGGUUAAAAGAGAGACGACGUCCUGACAGAUGAUUCCUGACGUCUGUUUGAGGUUCAUCUUUGACCAGCUGGACGCUCCAACCUCGAUUCUCAAUGUUUCCAUUCAGGAUAAAUUUGGACAAGACAAAAAGUUGUUCUGGAUUUUCUAGUGGUUUGACACAACGGUUUGUGUCCACCACCUUGUUAAAAGGCAACGUUAAACAUUUUAUGUGACAAAUGUCUGUAGCUUAUUGGAAAACCAAUAAAUAAGAUCCAAUUAUCAGUUUUCUCAGCCUUAAAGUAACACUUUGUUCAAACACUUUUAGGGUUAAAGUUCAGCGUUUCUGCAGGAGUUUAUCUGUACCUUGACUUAUCUUUUUCAAAAAGUAAAAUCUUUUUAUCUGUGAGGCCAUCCACUGCCUCUUCUGGAUUACCCCAGAAAUUUAGUUCUGGACUUUGACUAGGACUGGAGUCUCAGUCCUUUGCAUCCAUAGAGCCACUUUUGUUCUCAGUUUAUCUAAAUAAACUUAUUAAAAACUACUAGCGUUACAAAAUAAAGCAAAUGAUGAACAUUUCCAGGAAAGGUGUCAUUUAAGAAGCACUAUUUUAUUUCUGUAAUAAGGAUUCACAUCAAACAUAAACAUAAAGAGUUUCACUGAUAUUCCUGGAAAGUUAUUUAAAAAGAAGAUAAUUUCCCACUUAAUCAUAAAAUGCGCAUCUGAAAACAAUAUUUCUGGUACUUUAGUUUCAUUCUUUAGUGGAGAUUCAAUGUAAUUAUUCCUUGGAAAGUUGGGAAAACUCUGAAACCUCCAUUUUAUAAAAUGUAAAUUGUUAUAGCUAUUGAACAUCAGUUAUUUAGACCAAGAUAAAAAUCCUUUCACUGCUGCAGACUCUCAGGUAAAAACCUUCCACAACUUUAACUUUGUUUGGUUGAUUUCCAAAUAUGAUUGGAUUCACUGACACAGAACCACCACUGCCCUAAAGGUAACCCCGCAGCCUGAUGCUGCCACCACCAGGCUCCACUGGGGGUUUGGUGCCAUCUUGGAGUUGUGACCCAAAGGUCCAGGUUUUCAGAUCAGAAUAGAGCAAAUCCUUGUAAGGUUUAGGGUUACAGAUUUAGCCUCUAAAACUGUAAAAUGUUUCAAAUUCUUUGGAAAAUGUUCAUCAAAAUACAAAUUGUAGAUAGAUGUUUUUUUUUAACUGAUUUUACUGAUUUUUUUUCCUGUUUUUAUUUUUGUGAAUUUUUUGACUUGUGUAACCUGAGGAUAUUAAAUAUAAAGACUUUAUUUCUCAGCUCUGUUGGUUUUUUCCUUCUGCGUUUCUCUGCUCAAACUUAAUCAGCUUUUAAGGAUUAAAUUCUGAAACUUUGCCAGAUUUGAGGCUUUUAUUUUGAAGCUUUGAGCUGAAGGAGUUUUCCUGUUCACACUUUAAGCAACGUUAAUGUGUGUGAAUGUUGCGGCUGAUAUAAAAUCUAUAUUUUUGUGAGUUUUUGUGUCAUAAUAAAUAUUUUUUUUUAACAUAAAGUUGUUUGUUGUGGAGUUCUCACCCUGGUGGUAAUUCGUUGUCAUACUGUGAAGAUGUCUGGCUCGGUUCGGCCUCUUUCUUGACGUGUUUGAAUGUUUUUGAGCCGCAGCAUCAUGAACCCAGAGGUCGACCUUGAGGUGAGAAAACCUCACUGUGAGUUUAAUCAUUUAUUACAGGAAGAGGAAGAGUCAGUGGUGAAAACAUGGCGUGUAAAACUGCAGCAAUGUUUUUAUCUUUCCUCAUAAUAAAUCUGUUGUUGAAUUUCCUCAGCAGAUAUCGCAGCACAGUUUCAU